AAUAGAUAAAAAAAAUGUGUGAUUUCUGUUCACUAUUACAUUUUGAUAGAAUUGGUUAUACGGUAACAUCUACUUGACCUUUAUUAAAUACUGAGCGACAAAGAAAUUAAUCAUAUUUAUCAAAAAUAGAACCAAUAAAACCUGUCAGGUGAAAAUUUAAUAACAAUUUAUUGUAUUCGAAUAUAAUACAGAUUUCACAAAUUAUGUUCACAUCUAUUGCGUGUUCAUUAACAUAUUUUAAUUGCAUAUUGGAGAUUUAAACAACCUUACAAUUCAUAAACAAAUUUAAUGUAUCACCUUAUUAUAGAAGGAGGCUUUGGGUACGUGGUGUAUAUAAAUUACUUCCUCUUGAUUUUCUACCAAAUUCACCUAUAUUAUCUCGACAUACCUCUGUUCCACCUAUAGAAAUAACUAUAUAUUGUCGUCGGUAGCGUUGGUUACAUACAUAUUUAUGCUAAUGCAUAAUUUGUAUGAAUAUACGUACAUAUAUUUAUAUAUAUAUAUGUACAUAUGUAAAUAAUAUAUAUUCAUGCAUGUAGAUUUGUGUCCAAUUUAUAUAUUGUAAAUUGUAAACUAUUAAUAACGUGCUUUCUUAUAUUACGUUACAAGAAGUAAGGUUAUGUUUUUAUUUUAACAUAUAUAAAAAUAAUUAUAUUUUCAAUAAUUAACCAUUAUGGAAGCUAUAUGGAACCACAUGCAAUUAGAAUGUCCCCCCAAUGCGGUUUGUCAUGUUGAACGUCAAAAAUUUGAUGCAACUGCAUUUUUAUUAACAUUGGACAAAAUUAUAAAGGAUUUAACUUCUCAAGAAAUGUUACACAAAGAAGCAGCAAUUUUAAGUAGAUUAAUUUAUCGUAUGAAAAGAAAAUUUCGAAGUGACAAAGGCAUAAAAUCAAUGCUUAAAGUAAAUAAAGCAUUGCUCAGAUACUUAUCAUUGUCACUUGAAAAAGAAUAUGAAAAUUUGAAGAAUCAUGUUGAAAUAGAUCAAAGAUAUGUUACAUUAUCGAGUAGACAAAUGGUAGAAUAUGUUUUAGUUAAAACACAGGGCUUUGCAAAACUUAUGUUACAUUUAGAAGAGGUUUCUAAACAAGCUGCAUAUUUUCUUAAGUGUAGAAUACAUUUAGGUCAUGCUUGGUCCAUGGCUAUUAUUUCAUAUGCUGUUAUUAGUAGAAUAUGGAUUUUAUCAAGAUAUUUACUUAAAAAAAUAUGUACUUGGUAUAAUGACCUAUAUCAGUAUCUACACUUAUUUGAAAUUGUUGGAGUACCUUGGCUACCUAAAAACUAUGAACUUACAGAUGAUUUAAAAUCAUGGCUUGUUCCCAAUGAUUAUGGAUUAAAAAAUACAAUGUUUAAAUUAAUUACUCCUUACGAUUCAGAUGAAGAUUUAGUUUCUAAUAUAAAAAAUAACAAUAAAGAAACAAGAUCUGAAAAUCCAGUUUCUUGGUUGGGAAAUAAAAAUAUUUCAAUUCCAAAUGAGAUUGCAACUGUUACUUCUAAUAAUGAUAUAGGAGAAAUUGUAGAUCGUCACGCUUUUAAAUUAGGAUGUAUUCAAAACGCAUCAACAACUGCUGAAGAGAAACAAAAAGAAUUCACAAAAGUUGUUAAAGCAAAAGAAAAAGCAGCAAAUUUUAAAAAUAGUCAUCAAGAGUUUUGUGUCGAAAAUUUAGGAAACGAAUUUAUAAUUGAAAAGAAGAAGAAAAAUUCUAAAAUAAAAUUAAAAAAUUUGACAAAAAAAGAAAUUUCAGAAAAAUUAAUUACUUUCGAUAAUGUUAACAAUAAGUCAGAUUUAAAAUUACUUCUAAGUAAAGAAUCAUACCCUGGUUUAGAUAAAUUACAAUGGAAUAUAAUUAAAAAUAAAAGCAAAAAAUUAUUAGAUAAGUUGGAAAUUUGUUCUGAUGAAAUCAAACAAUCAGUUCUAUUUAAAAAAAUAAUAGAACGUAUAAAAAAUUGGAUUGCUUAAAUAGAUGGUGCGUGUAUCGAAUGGAAAAUAUUCACACAUAAAAAUAAAUAUUUUUUAAUGAAAAUCGUGUUUCAUUUUU